AUGGACGCCCAGACGAGAGCGCAUUGGGACAAGGACCUCAAGGACCUGCAUAUGGUCUACGACUACAACGCGAAGGACGAGCAGGGCAACCCCGAGAAGUGGAGAUAUGAGAUCUGGUUCCAGAUGGAGGACCGCGUGGUGUACGCAAUCCACGGCGGGCCAAUGGCCGGGCGCAUCAAUUACCAGACUUGCAGCUUCCAAUGCAUCCGCCCUGGCGAGCUGUGGCAGUGCAAUUGGUUGGAAGAGACGGGGACCAUUGUGUCCAUGGUCUACGACAUUCCGAACAAUAGGAUCACGACCUUGAUUGCGUUUUCAAAAGGACACUGGGAGCAUGCGGCGGAAGCGCACGGCGACAAGCGGAACCCAGAGGACUUUGAGAGAUGGAGGGGCCUCGCACGGAUCGGGUGCCACAUUGACCGCCAUAUGCUGCCCGAGCAAGCAGACAUUCUGGAGGUGUACCGGGGAAAGGGUGAUUUGAAGCCAAUCGAACAUGACUGGCCCACUGUGUAG